AUGAGCCAGUACGCAUCUGUCCCCAAGUCGGAACUGGACGAGUCGCAGAUCCGCGAGCUCGAGGAGUACGAGAUCAGCCAGGGGCCGCUGUCGGUUUUGCAGCAGGCAGUGCGCAACAACUCGCAGGUGCUGAUUUCGUUGCGGAACAACAAGAAGCUGCUGGCGCGUGUCAAGGCUUUUGACCGGCAUGCGAAUAUGGUGCUGGAGAAUGUCAAGGAGAUGUGGACCGAGACGCCCAAGGGCAAGAACGCCAAGCCAGUCAACAAGGACCGCUUCAUCUCUAAGAUGUUCCUGCGAGGCGACUCGGUCAUCCUCGUCCUCCGCAACGCGGCAUAG